AUGACGAUCUUAACUAGAAAUAAAACACAAAAAAAUCGAUAUGUUACAAUAUCAAAAUUUGAGAUUGAUCGUUGUUAUAGAUUGGCUCGUAUUCAAUUAUCUAAAGAGCUAUCAUCUAAUAUCACCGAAUCUUACGCUCGAACAUUAUAUUCUCCUUCUUUGGAAGAUAUUGAAUAUAUUAAUAAUUCACAAGCGUUACAAGAUAUUUUUUAUACUAAAUUAAAAAAUAAAUAUUAUUUUUUAAAUAAUAAAGAACAGACAUUUUUAUGUAUUAAUUUAGAUAAAAAUUAUUAUGAGAAAGAUGGUGAAAGUGAUGAAUCUAUUUCUAGUGAAACUACGAGUAGUGGUUAUGAUACAUCAACUAGUACUUCUACUUUCUCGAAUGAUGAUGAUGAUUAUUCAACUAUUGAAACAUUUGCAGAUCAUGAUAUUGAUUGGAUUAGAAGUACUUUGGACGAAUACGAAGAACAUGGAGAAAUUUGGGAUCAUCAUCGUGGAUUAUUAUUUUUUAAUAUAGUUGCUCCAUUUAUAUUUAUAAUUUUUAUGAUUUUGUUAAAGAAAUUUUUUGAUUUCAAUGAUUGA